AUGAGUAACUACGAAGACGAUCAAAGUGAAGAUGGAGAAUUAGCACGUAGCCCCGUUCAAGAUGAAAUGGAUUUUAGUUUGUCUGAUGAAGAUCGAGAUAAUCCAGAUGCUUUGGUUAUUAAACCACCCCAAGCUGUUAUUCGAUCGCACAGGGACAAAAGAAACCAUAAACAUUCAGCCAAAGACAGAUAUAAGGAAGGUGCCAGAAAAGAAAAAAAACUUUAUAGGGACCGUGAUAAGUCAGACAAGAUAAAGCGAGAAGUAAGUAGCAAUAUGGAUCGUGAAGACAUACCCAAAGACUACUAUAGAGAUAAACAAUAUUAUAGGGAAAAAGACCUUUAUAGAGACAAGGACAUAAGAGAAAAAGAUAUGUUUAGAGAAAGGGAAAUGAGAGAAAAGGAUGGUUAUAGAGAGAAAGAAGUUUAUAGGGAAAAAGAUCCAUAUAGGGAAAGGGAACACUAUAGAGAAAGGGAUGUUUAUAGAGAGACAGCUUACCGGGAUGUUGGAAGACAAAGAGAAGUUUACAGAAGUAAGGAAUUAUAUAAAGAUAAAGAUGUACAAAGAGAACGUGAAAUGUAUAUUCAUAGAGAUAGACAAUACAAGUACACCGAGGCUGAGAGAAAGCAUCUUGAAACUGAUAAAAUUGAAACAAGACUCAGGAUGGUGGCAGAUGAGAGCAGAGGCUCUCAUAAUCAUGAAAAAGAAAAUAGGGAUAAAACAUCAGGUGAUAAAGAAUUGGAGGAUUUAAGAAGUAGAUUAUUAAGUAAAAGAAUGACAAAAGAACUUCAAACGCAGGAUUCUAAAAAGUACCCUGAAUAUGAAAAAGAUUUUAAAUCUGCUUCUAGACAGUCCUAUGAUAAAUUACAUUUGGAAAGAAAAAAUAGAUUACUUGAAGCAGAAAGGGAAAUGGUAAAAAGGAAACAUGAGUCGCGAAGUGAAUUAGAGGCUCGUCGCGAGGAUCGUCGACGUCGCGGCAAGAAACGUUCAGUGACACCAGAAGAAGGUGGCAGUAAAAAGAAUAAAACAUCUCAUUCCCCCAACUAUGGUGAUUCUGUUGUAGAGGUCUCAGAUGCUAGUGAUGUUGAGAUGAAGACUGAUUCACAUUCUGAGCCUGAAGAAGGUGAGCAUUCAAACAGUGACACAGAAGACGACAGCUCAUCAACGGAUUCGGAAUCUGCUAAAUCAGAGCAGGAUGUAGAAGAAAAAAGUGUAAAUGAGAAACCUAAUCCUAAAGAGCGGUCUAAAUCACCAUCACCAAAAUCAAUUCAUGCCAGCCCAUCAUCUCAUGAAAGUCGAAGGUCACUCUCUAGAUCAAAAAGCAGAAGUAGAUCACACUCGUUUUCACCUCCUCCACCAGAUGAAAAUGGAAAAACUCCCAUUGAGGAGGUAAAGCCCACUGAGGACGAUGAAAGUGCUAGACUCAAAGAGGAGGCUAUUAAUUCAUUACCUCCAUACUUCCCUGCAUUACAGGGAUGUCGAUCAGUUGAAGAAUUUCAAUGUCUAAAUAGAAUAGAGGAAGGGACGUACGGGGUUGUUUAUAGAGCUAGAGACAAAACCACAGAAGAAAUUGUCGCUCUUAAACGGCUCAAAAUGGAAAAGGAGAAGGAGGGAUUUCCCAUAACAUCACUGAGGGAAAUCAACACUUUACUUAAGGGCCAGCAUCCGAAUAUCGUCACGGUGAGGGAAAUCGUGGUGGGAUCUAAUAUGGAUAAGAUUUUCAUCGUUAUGGAUUAUGUCGAGCAUGAUUUAAAGAGUCUUAUGGAAACUAUGAGGAAUAAGAAACAAGUGUUUUUACCAGGUGAAGUGAAAUGUCUAAUGACGCAAUUGUUGAGAGCGGUACACCACUUACAUGAUAAUUGGAUUUUACACAGAGACCUCAAGACUAGCAACCUGUUAUUGUCACAUAAAGGAAUUUUAAAGGUUGGCGAUUUUGGAUUAGCCAGAGAGUAUGGGUCCCCUCUACGUCAAUAUACGCCUAUAGUGGUCACCCUUUGGUAUCGUGCUCCGGAACUGUUGCUUUGCUGCAAAGAGUACUCCACCCCGAUUGACAUGUGGAGUGUUGGGUGCAUAUUCGCCGAAUUCAUUACAAUGAACCCUCUGUUCCCUGGCAAAUCUGAAGUCGAUCAAUUGAACAGGAUAUUUAAGGACAUGGGAACUCCAUCAGAAUUGUUAUGGCCGGGAUACAAAGAGCUACCGGCUGUUCAGAAGAUGACAUUUGCUGAGCACCCUCCGGGAGGUCUCAAACAGCGGGUUGGAGCUGAUCUGCUGUCUGAAUCUGGCCUGGCCCUCUUGCAAGGGUUCCUUACGUACAAUCCUUUGAGGCGUGUCACUGCCGAUGCGGCACUUGAGCACGCGUACUUUAAGGAGAACCCAGUGGCGAUCGACCCGGCAAUGUUUCCGACGUGGCCGGCCAAGUCCGAAGGCAACCGUCGGACCACCCACAGUCCGAAGCCCCCGGCAGGUGGCGCUGCUUACGCUCACUACGCAAGGGCAGACUCCGACGAAGCCCUGGGAUUCCAGCUUCAAGCCCGAUCGCUUAACGUCGCUCCGGGAUUCUCGCUCAAAUUUUAA